AGGGAGGGGAGGGAGGGGAGGGGGUGGGAUACAAGUUGAGGGCGAGCAUCGCGGAGUCCAGAGGAUUCGAGACCAGCCCCUCCACCGCAGCAGUCCACCCCGGUCGGUAGGCGAUGAGAGCUGCCCUCGCUCACCCUGCUGUGGACGCACGACAGAGAGGAGAGGAGACGAGGUGAGGAGACGAGGUGAGGAGAGGGGACUGAGCCGGUCGGGACGCGGCCGUGAGAGCAGACAUGAGGAGGGCCGGAGCAGCGAGGGUGAGCUCAGAGGAGACGCAGGAGAACAUCAUGAUGUCCCACCUGCUGAAGAGCGAGAGCGGCAACUCCCCUCAAGACCUGAACGUGGUGGCCAUGCUGCACCACUUCUGGCAGAAGAAGCAGAGCGUCCUGCUGACGGAGGGGGGGGCGGAGGACCCCCGGGCGGGGCAGGGCCCCCUGCUGCUGCUGUACGAGUCGGCCCCCACGCCCGGCCCGCCCUACGUCUGCUACGUCACCCUGCCGGGCGGGAGCUGCUUCGGGAACUACAGGGUGUGUGAGACCCAGGCGGAGGCCCGUCGGGACGCGGCCCGGGUGGCGCUGAUGAACUCCCUGAUGAACGAGCUGCCGUCGCGCCAGAUCAGCCCCCCCUUCAUCUCCCAGAGCCUGAGGCAGGCGGCGGCCGACAGCGCCGUCUCUUUGGAGGACGCGUGUGACCCAGGCACCAGCAUCGGCACCUACAGCCUGCUGCUCCACUCCUGCACGGGGCGCACCAUGCUGGAGUUCCAGGAGAUGAUGACAGUGUUCCAGCUGUUGCACUGGAACGGGACCCUGAAGUCCCUGAAGGACCAACAGUGCUCCCGCCGGAGUGUGAUCUCGUACUUCUCCGAGCGGGGCCUGGACGAGUCCCUCCGCAGCAGCAUGGCGCUGGACUGGCUGGAGCGGGAGCGCCGGGCGGCCGGGCGGCUGGCGGAGCAGCUCGCCGUGGCCCAGCGGGAGCUGGUGCUAGCGCGCCGCCGCGGCGUCGAGCUGCGCUUCUACAAGGAGAAGACGGAGAUCCUCAGCCUGGCACUGAGCCAGGCCUACACCCACCACCCGCACCACCCUCACCACCACCCUCAGCACCACCAGGACCACCAGCAAUACCCGGACCACCCGGACCCGUACGCGCCAUCCCCCGGACACGAGAGCGCCGGCUACGCCCGUGAGGAGGAGCUCCACCUCCGUCCGCCCCCCAUAUACGAGACGGUGACCCUGCCCUGGACCACGCCCCCCGGGAGCCCCUCCCCCAGCCUCCGCUAAAACACCUGACCGCUGACCUUUGACCUUUAACCUUUGACUCGGGCCCCAGGGUGAACUGUGACACGCCCCGAGACACGCCCCGAGACACGCCCCGAGACACGCCCCCCAGACACGCCCUGAGACACGCCCCGAGACACGC